AUGACUGCCGAGAUCUCUCUGGCCCGGCCCGGCCCUCCUGGAUCCGAUCACCACCCCGAGCCCCCACCUGAGGAGUCCCAGCCCCCUAAGGAUACCUCAGCCUCUGUCUCAGGACAGACCGUCCACACCGUCGAGGCAACAGAGAGACGCCUCGUUCGCAAGCUGGACAGGCGGCUUGUGGUGCUUGCGUUCUUGUGCUACCUGGCCGCGUUCCUGGACCGGUCCAACAUCGGAAACGCCCAGACGGCGGGGAUGGGGAAGGACCUUGGUCUCAGUGAUGCUCAGUACCAGUGGCUCCUCACGAUAUUCUAUAUCCCGUACAUCAUCUUUGAGUGGCUGGCGCUGAUGUGGAAAAUCACACCUCCUCACAUAUGGGCGGCCGCAACAGUCCUCACCUGGGCCGUAGCCUCCAUCCUCCAGGCCGCCUCCUUCAGCUGGUCCAGCCUGAUGGCAUGCCGAUGGUUCCUAGCCACCGCCGAGGCAGGCUUCGGCCCAGGCAUGCCGUACCUCUUCUCCUUCUACUACAACCGGCGCGAGCUCGGCGUGCGCUGCGGCAUCUUCCUGUCGGCCGCGCCCCUGGCGACCACCUUCGCCGGCGCACUCGCGUACGGCAUCACGGGCUCGACCUACCGCAUCGCGAGCUGGCGCCUGCUCUUCAUCAUCGAGGCCCUCCCGCCCCUCCUCCUCUCCCUGGUGGUCUUUUUCGUGCUGCCGGACUCGGCCGCCAGCGCGGGCUUCCUCACAGAGCACGAGAGGGCCCUCGCCCGCGCCCGCGCCCUGCGCACCACCGGCCAGGACGACACGGGCACGUCGACAGGAACGCGCCUGGGCCACAUCGACUGGGCCGAGGUGGUGGGCGCCCUGCGCACCCCGCAGGUCUGGGUGCAGGCGCUCAUGUACUUUAGCUGCAACGUGGCCUUCGCCUCGCUGCCUGUGUUCCUCCCCGCCGUGCUGACGGGUAUGGGCUUCACGAGCGUCAACGCACAGGGCCUCACCGCCCCCCCUUACUUCCUCGCCUUUCUCGUGUGCAUCGCUUCCACGUGGCUGGGUGACCGCACGCAGCAGCGCGGUCUCCUGAUCACCUUGCUCUCCGCCGUGGGCUGCACCGGCUACAUCCUCCUCGCGGCGUGCAGAGCUGUCGCCGUCAGGUACGUCGGCGUCUUCCUCGCCGCGGCAGGUGUGUUUCCUGCCAUCGCCAACAUCCUGUCAUGGCUGCUCAACAACCAGCGCGGCGAUACCAGGCGUGGCGCAGGGAUUGCCGUCAUGAACAUUAUUGGGCAGUGCGGUCCCCUGCUCGGCACGCGCGUCUUCCUUGCCGCCGAGGGGCCGUACUAUGUCAAGGGCCUGUCGGCCUGUGCGGCCUUCAUGUUCCUCAAUGCGGUGCUGGCGUUUGGGCUGCGGACCUACUUCAGCCACAUGAACAAGAGGUGGGACAGGGAGGCGAGCCAACGUCAAGGAAGCAUGGCUGGCCACGUUGCGUCCUCGUCCGAGAAGGUCGAUGUUGCAGGUGUGGAGAGCAAAAUGUCGUCCGAGUGGCGAUUUGCGCUGUGA